GAUUGUUGCGCAUCCAAAUUGAUUCAAUCAAAUCUGGUUUCAUCAACUUUUCCGCAUGGAUCUUAGUAACACUGAGAAGAAAGAGUCAAGCUCGAAGAACUUAGAUGUCCUGCUUUCAGAAAGGGAAAGUUUCGAGCUUUCAGGUCCCUUACACCUGACUAGCAUUGACUGGACUAAUUUGGAUCACCGGAGGUCAGUUGCAGCAUGCUUGGUUCAAGGCGUAUAUAUCAUAGAGCGGGAUCGCCAGGAAAAUCGCCAACUGUCUGAAGCUCUUGCUCCUCCCUGGUGGAACUUCUUCCAGUUUGAGCUAUACAGUCAACUCAUUGAUGAUGCUGAUUCAUGUGUCUUUGGUGCUAUCUACAAAUUCAAACACGCACCUUCACAAGGAACACCGUCUUAUAUCAUUGCUUUCCGGGGCACCUUAACCAAAGGCAACGCGUUUUCUCGAGACUUAGAACUCGACAUCCACAUUAUCAAAAACGGGUUGCAUCAAACAUCAAGAUUUGAGAUCGCUAUGCAAGCUAUCAGAAACUUGGUUGCUGCAAAUGGAAGUCAAACAUCAAAGUCAACCAUCUGGUUAACUGGCCAUUCUCUAGGAUCUGCUAUGGCAUUACUUGCAGGAAAGAGGAUGGCGAAAUCUGGGAUCUUUCUUGAUUCAUAUCUCUUCAAUCCGCCGUUCUUUGCAGCCCCACUUGAGAACAUCAAAGAUCCAAAUAUCAAACAUGGGAUCCGAAUCGCUAGCAGUUUUCUCACUGCAGGACUUGCUGUUGCUGCAAAGCUCAAGAAUGCGAAUCAGCAAAGAAACAACACGCCAGAAGAUGCGUUUCUUGCAUUGGCUGGAUGGGUGCCAUGUUUAUAUGUGAAUCCAGCGGAUUAUAUUUGCUCGGAGUAUAUCGGGUAUUUUGAACACCGGAAAAAGAUGGAGGAGAUUGGAGCUGGUGGGAUCGAACGGCUGGCAACACAGCAUUCUAUUUCGGGUGUUUUCUUGAAUGCAAUUGGGAAAGAAUCUCAUGAACCGCUGCAUCUUCUUCCUUCGGCUAAUUUGACCAUCAAUUUGACUCGUGCUGCUGAUUUUAAAGAAGCUCAUGGCAUUCAUCAAUGGUGGAGAUGCGAUCAGCACUUGGAGACCCGAAUCUACAGUUGAAUAUUGUCUAAAAACAUGGUAUUCUUUUAACCUCUUUUCCUUUGAGGUCAAGCCUGCUAGCCUUUGGAAUUAGAAAUGUGAUUACGUCUGCUUAGAAAAUCCAAAUAUAUUUUUGUUCCCUUGAUUGACCCAGUUUCAAGAUUUGAACCCAGUUUCAAUGAGCAAGAUGUAUAAUUUGAUUUGUUUUAAAAUAAUUUCUAAUUAUUAUCAAA